AUGCUGACGCCCCCUACCACCCCUACUGGCAACAACAUAGCUCGAUUCAGCAAGGUCGACCACACCUCCCGCCCCUACGCUCCACCAGCGGCACGACCUCAGCCCGUCCUCCCUCCCAGUCUGCCACUCACUCCCCCGGCGACUUCUACCGACCGCUUCCAGAACCAGCCCGGGGUCAACGUAGCGCACUGGCAGUCCCGCCAGCUCACCGAUAAUGAGCUCUCGUACUACCUGCCCUCCCGAGCCGACGGCGUCAAUGAUAUGUACGUACACCACCGGCUCAGUGGGGCUUCCGACUGCCUCUCCGAGUCCCGAGUCCUGUAUGUCUGGGCAUACCAACUCCUCCGUCACCCCUUGCUCGCCUCAUCAAUCUCAGCCCAUACGUAUGAGGACGUCCGCUUUGUCCGCUCUGUCCCGUCCACCCUGGAGGAAGCCCUGCAGCAAGCAGCGAGCCGCUUCCACGCUGUACCAACCAACGGCUCUAUCAUCGACACCUACCUCAACGGACCGAGGACAUUGUCAUCAGACCGGCUAGCCUGCCUCGUAUUCGCCCAUCCCACCGCUCCUGCCUUUGGCCUUGCCACUCCUCCCUCCUCCCCCAAUGCCCGAGCCGAGAGCGAGGCGUACGAUUGCGAGCUCAUGCUCUGCGCCACCCACGCCAUCGGUGACGGUAUGGCCCUCCACACCUUCAUGAAUGAGUUUUAUACUCUUCUCGGGUCUUCAAGCUCGGUCGCCGAUCUCCGCGAGAUGAUUCUGGCGAAGCUCUACCUUGAGGAGCCCCAACCCAUCCCCCAGGGCCUCGAAAGUCAGCUUCCUGCGGCGUCAGCAUGGCGGACAAUCGUCGGUGCGGUCGACUCCAGGCUCAACCAGACCAGGCUCACCGGCAAUCAGAGCUUCCCCCUCAUCCCAGCAUCGCAGCGUAAGCCCCGUCAGACCGUCGUCCCCACCGUAGCCUACUCCUCAGACGAGACCAAGCGCAUCUUGAGCAGCUGCAAGGCGAAUGGGGUAACGGUCGCUCAUGCCGUCUUUGCGCUCUGCAACAUGGCUUGGGCGAGGUUGGCUCCGUCCUCUCGGGACCCUUGUAUCAUCUACUCUGCCGCCAACCUCCGACCCCACAUCCAAACUCCUUCUGUCCCCUCUUCCCCCGAAUCCUUCUUCCACCUCGCUAUCGGCUACUUCAACGUGUCCCUCCCAUCACUCCAUGUCCCCAUCGCCACCUCCGAUCUCCUAUGGCAUCGUGCGCGAUCCGUCCGUGCGCAGAUGAUGGCUGCCACCCGGUCCCCCUUUGUGGUCCCUCGAGCUCGGCGAGAUGGGCUUGAGCGGCGGGAACGAGCGGUCAGAUGGGCCAAGAUGGACGAUGGGGUCGUCGAGCCGACCGCGGCUUCGGAGGUCAUCUCUCCCCGGUGGCUGGCAGAUGCAGCGCCCCAGAAGGCGCUAAUGGGUGUUUCGAUGCUGGGCAAUCUCGACGGGAUGUACAAGCACGCUGCUUUCCCCAGCAUCAAACUGGAGAGUCUAAUGACGGGAUCAAGGCAACGCUCGGCGGGCCUGCUGCUCUUUGCCUAUACAUUCCGUGGUCAAUUGUGGCUUUCACUGGGGUACGAUGAGAAUGGAUUUGCACCGGGUGUAAUUGCGGGCUUUUGGACGGGGCUGCAGGGCUUGGUAUCGGAAGCUAUACUGGAUUGA